AUGAUGACAAAAGGGAAACCGACAGUUUUGAUCGUGGGCGCAGGACUGGGAGGACUCAUGCUCGGUGCCCUUCUGGAGAAAAUCGACAUCCCUUAUGUUAUCUUUGAGCGUACCUCAUCCAUCAAAUCCUUGGGUUCUGCGAUCUCAAUCGGCUCCCCACUGCUGGCUCUAUUCCAACAGCUGGGUAUCUAUGACGAACUAGUGAGACUUGGACUUCGCUACACAGCUAUCGCCGCUCACAAGGAGAAUCUAGAACCGUAUCCACUCCAGGACUUUACACCACUCGAAGAAAUGUACAUCCCUGUGGCAUUACAGACUGGUUAUGCACAGUACAUCAUUGCGCGCCCAAUCCUCUACGACCUCCUUCAACGUCAGAUUCCAGAACACAAAAUCUUGCUCAAGAAGCGGAUCCUCACCAUUUCCGAAGAGGACGACAAGGUGACCAUCCAGGCUGCGGACAAUACCGCCUAUGAGGGCGACCUUCUUGUAGGUGCAGAUGGGGCGUACAGUGCGGUUCGUCAGAGGCUGUAUGAGAAACUAAAGGUCAAGGGUCUGUUGCCUAAGGUCGAUGAUGAGGAGUUGCCGUUUAAUUGUACUUGUCUUGUGGGUCAGACGACGUACAUGGAUCCAGAGGAGUUCCCGGUCUUGAAAAAUCCUUGUAGUCAGGUCUUGACUGUUCGCGGAAUUGAGCUUCCUUACACUUGGCUGGUGUUCACAACAGCCCAGAACACAUGCUGUUGGAUGAUCAUUCACCACCUCACAAAAACGACGAACAAGGCAGCCAUGGAGCAGCGGUUCAGGAACAAUGACAACUCUGAAUGGGGACCCCAUGCUGCAAAACAAAUGUGCGACGAGACCCGUCAUCUCCAGACACCAGUCAAGGUUGGCGACAAGUAUAUGACGCUGGGUGACUUUUAUGACAGGACCCCACAGGAACUCAUUUCCAAGGUUAUGUUGGAGGAGAAGGUCUUUGAGACGUGGUAUCAUGGUCGUACUGUCUUGCUUGGUGACGGCGCCGUAGCUGCCAUGCACGAUGCCCUAGCGCUCACAAACUUACUCUACGCCCUCCCCAACAGGACUGCCUCCGAUAUUGAACAACUCCUCUCGGAGUACCAGGAAGAACGCCGCCCCAAAGCCUUAGCAACCUACAAGAACAGCCGGAUGCUCAGUCACGUCCUUCGCAAGGAUACUGUCGGCAUAAUUGCACGUUUGGUCUCGACCAACAUGCCAACUUGGCUUUGGAGGAUAUUCUUGGCAAAGGCGUUUGGGAAUCGACCACAGGCUGGGUUUAUGGAGAAGGUGGAGGCGAGGGGGACGGCGCCGGCGAAUGUAUCGAACAGUAUGGAUAAGGCGAGGGCUGUCUUUGAGGAGAGGAAGCGAGCUGCUGCUCAGGCUGUGUGA